CGUGUGAGCAUGCGAUUAGCAGCACGGCAACGCACUCGACGCACCCAUCCACAUGCCGCCGGGCGCACGCACGCGCAGGCGCGCCUCGUUGGCCGUGCUCGCCGCCGGGGCUGCUGCGGCUGCCGGCUUCGAGACGGCGACUGGCGCGCUCUCGCUGGUCGGCAGCGUGCCGUCGCGCAGGGCCUUUUCGCGCGCAGUGCGGGCAGCGCGCUCGCGCUUGUCGGCCUCGAUCUGCUCGCGCACGCGGCGCUUCGCCUCGGCCUGCAGGAGGGUCAGAUGCUGUGCCGUAAAGGGGCAAGUUCGGCGCUCACGUCUGCCUUGGCCUCGGCCUUGCGCUUCUCGGCCUCCUUGAUCGCCUCUGAGGAGUGGAUGGUGAGAUGGGUGCCUCCGCCGCGAGCGCUCGCCCUGCCCGCCUUCUCCUCUGCCCGCCAGCACCUCGUGCUGCGCUCAGACGAACUUGACACCC